AUGGCACCCUCUUUCACAUCCUCCUCAGUACCCGCUGGCCCACAACCCCCCACCAACUCCUCCACCGAACCUGAAAAGACCACCGAAUAUGCCUCCAUCAUACCUGAACCACGCAAUGAAAAUGAUCAAGACCGCCUGCAACUCCAACGCACAGUAUCUUCCGUCAGCCAUCACGACAUGGCCAACGUCCAAUACAUUGCAACCGGCGACAACGACAUGAUCUACUCAAAAUUCACCGAGCGACGAAAAAUGGUCAUUGUAGCUGUCGUUUCGUUUUGCAGUUUCCUGGCUCCCAUAUCCUCGACGACGGUGCUCUCUGCAGUUCCUGAGGUAGCAGAGACAUUUGAUACUGAUGGCUCUAUUAUCAAUGUGUCGAAUGCGUUGUACAUGCUCUUCAUGGGAUUGUCACCAUGUUUCUACGGACCGUAUGGGAAUAUAUACGGGAGGAAGUGGGUUUCUGUUGUGAGUGCUGCGCUGUUUACUGCGUUUAGCAUUGGCACGGCGCUUGCACCAAACCUGGCAGCCUUCUUCGUAUUUAGGAUUCUUACUGCCUUUCAAGGGACUGCAUUCUUGGUUAUUGGGAGUGCUGUUAUUGGGGAUAUUUAUAAACCGACCGAACGUGCAACUGCUCUAGGCUGGUUCCUAUCAGGAACCCUCAUCGGCCCCGCUCUGGGUCCCUUCAUCGGCGGCAUUAUAGUAACUUUCCGCAGCUGGCGGGACAUCUUCUGGCUUCAAACCGCCCUAGCCGGCGCCGCAACACUUUCCUGCUUCUUCCUGCAGCCCGAAACGAUCCACAAGAAGCGUGCAGACGAGCUCCAAGGCCUGCCAACCCGAGAGCGAGCACACAAAAUGUGGCAGUGGUUGAACCCUUUCCGCGUCAUACGUCUCUACCGCUACCCCAACAUCCUCCUGACAGCACUGGCGAGCGCGAGUCUGGUGUGGAACAUGUACUCCUUGCUCACGCCUAUCCGAUAUGUGUUGAACCCGCGCUUCGACCUGCAGUCACCACUACAGUCUGGACUCUUCUACAUUGCGCCGGGCUGCGGCUAUCUACUCGGCACCUUCUUCGGCGGCCGCUACGCUGACCACAUUGUCAAGAAAUAUAUUCAGAAACGCGGUGCGCGUGUCUCCGAAGACCGGCUUCGCUCUUGUGUCUUCUUCCUUGGCGGCGUCAUACCAGCUUGUAUGAUCAUCUACGGAUGGAGUGUUGAGAAAAGGGUUGGUGGAAUUGCACUACCGGUUAUUAUGAUGUUUCUCCAGGGCGUGGCGCAACUUUUCUGUUUCCCUAGUUUGAAUACUUAUUGUCUGGAUGUUAUGCAAGGGAGGAGUGCAGAGGUUGUAGCGGGGAAUUAUUUCAUGAGAUACAUGUUUGCAGCGGCGGGAAGUGCGGCUUGUUUACCGGCUGUGAGGAAGAUUGGGGUGGGGUGGUUCUCGACGAUUAGUGCGGGUUUUCUUGUUGCUGGAGCGGGGAUGACAUAUGCUACGGCGGUUUAUGGCAAGGGAUGGAGAGAAGGGAUUGAGGAGAAGAAGGCAGCGAGGAAGGGUGGUGAUGAGCAGGUUUAG